AUGUUCGUCGGUUUGAAGCUGCCGGCGUUCCUUGACAAAUUCAAUGGACGUGGCUUCGUAUACUUGGAUUCCUCUCAGGCCAACUGGAUACUGAGCCCACUUCCCAUCAGCAGCCCUUCAUCAGCAAUAGGAGCAACCGUCAAAGAUCUGUACUCGAAGGAUAAAGAAACCUUGAAAAUCGCCUACAACGAUGAUUGGCCUGAUACACACAAAGCGAAUGGCGGUCGUGGUCACAGCAAGGGUGUAGCUGUAGCGAAUCUCGAAGGCGGAUUUUGGCUAAUACAUAGCGUGCCGAACUUCCCUCCAAUCACGUGGAAAAAAGUUUUAACAGCAAAAUAUGACUAUCCGGAAAGCGGUACGAAAUUUGCGCAGUCGCUUUUCUGCAUUUCAUUCGACGUCGAUGCACUUCCGGCGAUCAGCCAGUAUAUGCGAUACGCCCAAGUGACUCCAUUCAUCGCCAAUUUACCACAGUCGAUAAAGUUAUUAGCACCGUACUUUGAUGACGUCAUUCACAGAAGGUCCCUAAGUCGAGGGGAAACUGUGUUCACCUUCUCUAAAACUAUCAAGACUCGUCAGGGAGUGGAUGUAACAAUCUUUUCGAAACACAAGAAAUUCGGCGAAGAUCUUUGGCAUGACUUUAUUGCACCCAGUCUCAAAACAUCACUUGCUGUCGAAACGUGGAGAAAUGGAGCUGCACAGGAUAUUGGAUCACAAUGUGGUGACGGCGCAAAUGUGUAUGACGUUACUCAGGUUCAGUUACCUUCAGGAAGUUUUAGCAGUAGUAAAGAUCAUUCUAAAUGGGGUGUGUCGAUGAACGAAUCAAUGCCGUACUCAUGCAUUGGUGACAUUAACAGACAGGCUUCGCAGUUCAAACGUGGCGGUGGUGCCGCAUGCAUUCAAAGCAAAACCCUCUGGAAAACGCUGCAUAAUUCGGUGCUAAGUUUCGAAGCCUGCAAAAUUAAUAAGAAGAAGACGGAAGGAGCACUGAAGAAGAACGUACUAAAUCAGUCCUAA